AUAGUCUUUGUUCCAAAGAGUUCAGAGGUGAGCGGCCUGCUGGGGAUGCGGGUGACUCAGCCUGACUUGGGAGAAACCAUGCAGCGGUCAGAGGGCGGCUCAGAGUCGGCAUCCACCGUGGCGCUGAGAACGUCCAUUUCAGCCCAGGCGCCAGUGGUUCAGCCCGUUCCCGCCUCCCAACAGCGUGUGUUAGUUCAGGCCACCGGCUCUUCCCAGAAGGGAGCUCAGGUGCAGCAGUUGCCAGUGCCUAAAGUGCAACAGAUCCCUCAGCAGGUCCAACAGGUUCAGCAUGUGUACCAGUCCCAGGUGCAGUACGUGGAGGGGGCAGAGGCCGUCUACCCCAAUGGCACAAUUCGUACUGCAUACUCAUACAACCCAGAGUCCCAGCUGUACGGACAGGGCAGCGGAAGCACCUAUUUUGACACUCAAGCAGGUGGUACUCAGGUUACCACCGUCGUCUCCUCUGCAGGCGGAGUGCCCACUCACAGCAUGGUGGGAAUCGCCAUGGAUGUGGGCAGCAGUCAGAUCAUUUCCAGCGGUAGUGCCUACUUGAUCCACGGCGGGAUGGAGAGCGGCCGCCACCACACCUCUCACUCCUCACGCUCUUCGUCCGCAAUGCUUGAAGUGGCGAUUGAAAACCUCCAAAAGUCAGAAGGGAUUGCCACUCACAAAAGCAGCCUGCUCAACAGCCAUUUGCAGUGGCUGUUGGACAAUUAUGAGACUGCUGAUGGUGUGAGUCUGCCGCGGAGCUCUCUGUAUAACCACUAUCUGAGACACUGUCAGGAGCAAAAACUGGAUCCAGUUAAUGCUGCUUCUUUUGGCAAACUCAUCCGAUCUGUCUUCAUGGGCCUUCGCACACGCCGGCUUGGCACCAGGGGGAACUCAAAAUACCAUUAUUACGGUAUUCGUCUGAAGCCUGACUCGCCUCUCAACCGCUUGCAGGAGGACAUGCAGUACAUGGCAAUGAGACAACAACCUGUCCAUCAGAAACAGAGGUUUAAGCCCUUUCACAAGAUGGAUGGGAUGGGGGACAGUCUGAACAGCGGCUCCCAGCACUUGUUCAGCACCCCUGAGCAGAGUGUGGCGGCACAGAGCCAGCACCACCAGCAGUACAUUGAUGUGUCUCACGUCCUGCCCCCCUUCCCUUCUCCUGAUCUGGGCUCUCUGCCUGAGCCAAUCAGCAUGAACGAUGUGAAAAAACUACAGAGCAACUACAGGAUUCACUGUGAGGCUACUCUGGACGUAGUCAUGAACUUGCAGUUCCAUCUCAUAGAGAAGCUAUGGCAGACCUUUUGGUAUUCAACAGCGCCAUCUAGUGACGGAGCCACUAGCAUUCCUAACAGUGAAGAGGAUGUGGAGGACAUCAGAGGAUUCCCCAGAGAGAAGCUGAUCGCUCUGUGUAAAUAUGAACCAAUCAAACAGUGGAUGAGGAGCUGUGAUCACAUCCUGUAUCAGGCACUGGUGGAGAUCCUCAUCCCUGAUGUACUGCGGCCUGUUCCCAGCACCCUCACUCAAGCUCUCAGAAACUUCGCUAAGAGUCUGGAGGGGUGGCUGACCUCAGCCAUGAGUGACUACCCACAGGAGAUUGUCCGCACUAAGGUAUGUGUGUGUUUCUGA